GUGAUCACACACGUACCUGCCCACCUCGGUCAAGCGGUGUACCCACGAUGGCUCUCCGUUUCGGCAGUGCGGUCCUCGUCAGGAGCGGGUUGCUUCACCGCUCCAACCUCCCAGCAGCAAGGGGAGUCCGAACCAGACUGGCGUUUUCGACGGUGGGGGCUACAGCAAAGGGAGGAGAUGACGCCGCCGUACAAGAGGAAAACAAGGCAAAGAUCAAUGCGGCUUGGAACUCCUCUGCGGAGGCGUACGUCGGGAAUGUUCAGGAUGGUGCUUCUUCUGCUUCCCUCAAAGUUUCCUCGGGCAUGAAUGUCGGCUACAAGCUCGCGACGAGAAUCGUCACGUCUCCGUACGACAAGGUGCAGCCGAAGGAGCCCGGAAAACAAGUGGUUCUCGAUGUCGCCUCGGCCGGGGGAGAGCCGGCGAUCACCAUCGCAAAGGCGAUGCCUGGCGCUACGGUCCACGCCACCGAUUUCGCCCCAGCGAUGAUGGACCUCAUCAGGAAGAGAGCCGCGGAAGAAGGGGUGUCGAAUGUAGUGGCGAGCGUGGCAGACGGGGAAGCGUUGACCGGGUUCGGGGACGGGUCGGUGGACGCGGUGACCUGCACGUGGGGUCUUCUCUUCAUGCCGAACUGGCAGCGUGCUAUUCAGGAGUUUUCUCGCGUCCUCAAGAGAGACGGGGUGGUGGCGGUGACGCUGUGGGAGAGGCAGGAAGGCUCGGUAUUCCAGCGCAUGCGCAACGUGGUGGAGACCCUCGUUCCAGGGUUCCAAUUGCUGAUCGACGCUGAAGCGCUGGGCGAGGACGGGGGAUCAGCGGUAGUCGAGGAGAUGAAGGCUGCCGGGCUCUGCGACGUGUCGGCGUCCAAGUUUUCGGUGCCCGUGGUUCUCUCGGCCGACGCGCGGCCUCGGGACAUCUGGGAGCACUACACCGAAUCCUCCCCACUCGGGCAAACCAUGUCGACCUUGGAGAAAAAGGGGCGGACAAACGUUCGGCAAGAAGCAAUGGACAUUUUCGAAGACGCCAUGAACAAGGAAUGGGUCGAAGGGCGAACGCCCCUCGGACUCCAGAAAGAAGACGAUGCCGUCGCUGGUGGAAGCUCUCCGGCGGCUUCUCGGCCGCCUCGCAUUUACUACGUCCGGGCGCUCGUCGUCGUGGGGCGCAAGACUGGCGGCGGCUGA